CUUCGAUUGUGUAGAGCAAGAUGGAACAAUACCUUCUGCAGCUUCCGAAGCGCCUGGCGCAGGAGGUGCGCGAAGGUAUCGCGAAUGGCGACUCGGCGGACGUGGACAUGGUGGCAGGAGCGGAUAACAAACACUUUACGCUGCAUGUGAAUGGCAAGAAGUAUCCUGCAAAAAUCGCGCAAUUGCCGACAAUUUUGGAGACGCACAAGACUUACGACGAUAACUUUUUCUACAAAAGCGGCGAAAUAGGACAGAUCUUCGUGGUGACGGAUAAAGAGGAAGAGAAAAAGCUGCUGGAGAUGCGAGAGGAAGUGCCGAACGGAGUAACACCCCCAAACACCAACGUCGUCAAGCGCAAGUACGAGAAAACCAAGAAGACCACACCGUUUCCGAAACCUGAUGUGUCUCGGGUAGAAGAAGAUUUAGUCAAAAUUAUCGCUGGCGGUGUUGUUGAAGACGUUCAUGAGGAGCUGGUGGAUUUUUACGACUGGAUGACAGACGAGGAGCAUCCUGGUGGAAUUACUGUGACGGACGAGAUGGAGCUCAUUCGCGAGCACCCCGAGUACUUGACUCUGUCGGAAGAGCCGUCUACAAAGAAGCAGAAAUUAUUACCACCGAGUGCUGGAAGCAGCACCGUGCCAGGUACAGCCAAUGCGUCGAUCAUGAAUACGCCACUUGCCACAGACGCAGGCUCUGAGGCUGAGUCCCAGACGGACGGACGAGCAUCAGUCCAGCGUUCACCUACGUUCGCACCCACACCAAGUCCCAGACUGUCUCCCAUGCAGCUGAACUCGCAAGCUAGUCGGGACAACGACGAAGACAAAGAAGUGGACAUGCUGGAGGACGACAUCCUCGACGGAAUGGACACUAAACCGGCGUCUCCGCCUCGCCAGAAGGCGUACUUGACUGAUCCGGAAUACCUCAAACUGCUACCCAUUCGCGAUCGGCUUCAGAAGUCUGUGCGUGAUGCUGAUCGUGACAUUAGCGACCUCAAUGCCAAGGUUGACGCCAACUCCAACAUUAUCGUCAAGAAUCGCUUCAAGCAAAUGCUUGAGACCGCGCGUCAGCAGCGUACCGAGAUCGCUUCGGAGCUUGACAAGGUCAAGGCUGAGAUUACAAACUUCGAGUCGUGUUGAGCGCGUUCAUUUAUCAAGCUAAAUCAUCGACAUUCUUACAAUCUGGAGUGGUCACGGCCAGCUAUUGACACCGAAAAAACAGCAGUGGCAGGGCGACAAGCUUCAAAUACUACGUCGAGGCCGGUCGCAAUAAAUGGGGGUUAAACCUUACGGUAGUUACAAUACACACGGGUACACGACAGCUCUCUGCGGAUCGAGGUCAGAUCGGUUAAUUAGUUUUUCUUAUUGUUUUGUUGGGGUAUGCUGUAGUGUCGUAUGCUUUGUUCGCGGCUGCUGCUUCUGUUUAUCACCGUCCUGUUCUUUCGCUCGUUUCUUCUCGUAGUAACCCCAUCCCUAAUAUAUGUUGUAGAUCGUGCAGCUAAGCACAAGAUACAAAAGCGCGAGUCGACGAGACCAACAGGUUGAACCGUUGGAUGAUUGUUCCUGUUGCUGUUGUGACUGCUUUACAGUUUUCGAGUUGGAGUCGAAAUGAUAAAGAGAUCGGUGGUUUUUUUAAGCCUGACGAGAGGACACGAGGACGACAAAUGGGGGCAGCGGCCUGUCCAGCGACCUACUGCUGGUGCUUCCACUUGAGCAGCGCGUUGACCUGUUCCUCGUUCAAAUUGAGGCCAGGGAUGCUCUUCAGGCCCUUCCUGUCGUGCUCAACGUGGUGCUUGGAGCCUUCCUUAUCCGCGACGUCAGUCUGACCCUUC